AUGGUUUCUUUUCAAUGCGAGGCUUGCGGCGAUGUGCUCACCAAGAAAAAACUCGAUCCUCAUCGUGGUCGAUGUCACGGCGCCUCCUUCACUUGCAUAGAUUGUAUGGUCCACUUUCAGGGCAAUGAGUACAGAUCUCACACGUCAUGCAUGACCGAAGCGCAAAAAUACCAAGGCGCCCUAUAUAAAGAGAAGCCGCAAAAAGGGAACAACACGAACAAGCAGAACAAGAAACAAACGGACAACUCCAAGACGCCCAGUGACACUAACGCCAAUUUUGCCAACACCAAGAAACCUCGCCAUCCUUACGUCGAAGACGUGACAGAUGCAGAUGAUCUUCCAGCCGAAAAAGUCCCUCCUCCCGCCCCCAGUCCUCCGAGCACAUCAAAGGCCACCGCUGCGGCCUCAAAAGCAAAAGUGGCUGCUCCUGCCGAAGAAGACAUCAACGUCUUUGACUUUCUCGUCACUGAUCAGACGCCCUCUGCCUCAAAACUCUCACUGGCCGGUGGUAAAGGGCCGAUGACCAUGGUAGCCAAUGCGCGCUCGGUGUUCGAACCGAGCAAGGCGCUGGCUCGAUACGAUACCGAUGUCGAUGAUGACGAUCGUGAAUAUGACAUCGCAUAUGAAGAAAACGGGUUCUCGUACGGAGCCGAUCCGAUCAAGCCAUCGUUGUACGAAAAUCAAGUGUCCAAUGUUUCGAUGGACUUCAUGACUCCGGCUCCGAAGAAGAAAGAGAAGAAACACAAAAAGAAGGAUAUCGAACGCAGCUCUCCCGACCUAGAGCCAAGGAAAACCAGCGACAAGAAGAGAAAGCGCGGACACGUCGAGGAACUGGAUGUUGAGGCAGCCAAUUCGCGGUAUGAAGAGGAUACUCCGAUGACGGAUGCGCCGUCCAGUAUCGCCAACAAUGUCGGGACUCCAUACCUUCAACAUUCCGGAUUGACAGGGGGCUUAGAUCGUAUGCUGCGUGAUGAAAGGUCACUUUCUCCAGAUUAUGAAGAUUAUACAAGUGAUGAGCACGACCUUCGCCGGUAUCAGGAUCCGCAAUCUCCUCUCAAGCGCACUCGCCCGAAUGAAAAAUUCGCAGGUAAUAACCAUAGCAAUGGGAGCACAGAUGGUGGUCUGGGAAUCUCUUUCAAGGGUCGUGCUGGUCGCAUUAUAUCUAUGUUCGGCGGAUCCCAGGUUUCCACCAGCAGCCGGGGAAGCGCUGAGCCUCCAUCCAAAGCCUUGGUUCGCACGAGGAGUAGUCCUCCUAACGGCGACCACUCAGGUGCAUUAGUUCAAGUGCGCCGCUCCAAGAAAACUCCUAAUGUACGACACGUACGCACUACCGAGGCAACCGGGGAGAGCAACGGUAACGAUUAUCACGAUUCGGCGCGACCAUCUCGUCGACUAAAAGCAAUUGAGCAGCGUGGGGGAUCUGACAGUGGCGGCGACGAUAAUCGUAAAAUCGUUCUUUACCAGCACCAGGACGAUGAAGCGCUAACCGAGGAGGAGCGGGAACGCGACAAGGCUCUGUACUUUUUAUCACUGGUCACAAAGGGCCCUGAAAGUGGACGCGGAUGCUCGAUUAACAAAGCUCUCAAGAGGUUUCAUCGUGAUUAUCCGGCGCGCCUGGAAUCAUCGGAAGACCACCAUGAUGAUAAACAUAGCACCGAGCGUCGCGGUCGGGGACGGAGCAGUCGAGAAGAUCGGGAUCGUCGCCUGGAAGAAGAGAAGGACUUGUGGCGCACAUUGCGGUUGAAGAGGAAUGAUCGGGGUGAAAUCGUCGUUUUUAUUUAA